CUACCAUGAAGAGACAGAACGCCCGGACCCUCGCCCUCAUCAUCAGCAUCCUCACCUACCUGGUGGUGGGAGCGGCCGUCUUCGAGACCCUGGAGUCGAAGCAGGAGAAGAGUCACAAGAGGAGGCUCGACGCCAGAAAGCACGAGCUCAUGCGCAAAUACAACUUGACCAAAGGGAACUUCGAGGAGCUGGAGCACGUCGUCCUGCAGCUCAAGCCUCACAAAGCCGGGGUCCAGUGGAAGUUCGCCGGGUCUUUUUACUUCGCCAUCACUGUGAUCACGACGAUAGGUUACGGCCAUGCUGCGCCCAGCACCGACUCAGGGAAAGUGUUCUGCAUGUUCUACGCCCUCCUGGGGAUCCCGCUCACCCUGGUCAUGUUCCAGAGCCUGGGCGAGCGGAUCAACACGUUUGUCAGGUACCUGCUGCACCAAGCCAAGAAGUGCCUGGCGAUGCGCCACACCGAGGUCUCCAUGGCGAACAUGGUGACGGUGGGCUUCUUCUCUUGCAUGAGCACGCUAUGCGUGGGAGCCGUGGCGUUCUCCCACUGCGAGGGAUGGAGCUUCCUCCACGCCUUCUACUUUUGCUUCAUCACGCUCACCACCAUCGGGUUCGGAGACUACGUGGCUCUGCAGAGGGACGACGCGCUGCAGAACGACCCCCGGUACGUGGCCUUCUGCUUCGUCUACAUCCUGACGGGCCUGACGGUGAUCGGCGCCUUCCUGAACCUGGUGGUGCUUCGCUUCCUGACCAUGAACACCGAGGACGAGCGCAGGGACGCCAAGCAGCGGGCCCUGAUGUCCGUCGGCAAGCCCAGAGGGGAGGUGGCUCGCCUGCUGCCGUUCUCGGCCUCGACCUCUUCCACACCUGUGGCGGACGAGUCCGCCAAGGCCCGAGAUUUAAAAGGUGCCUACACCGAGGUGCUGCAUUUCCAGACUAUAUGCUCCUGCUUGUGGUACCGGAGCAAGGAGAAGCUGCAGGGCUCCAUACCCACCAUGAUCCCUCAGGAGCUGACGUUCUCCGAUGCCUACAUGCAGCAGAACAGUAACUGUCCCCACUACAUGGAGCCCGGAUCAACGGGCUGCGUCUGCAGUCCGCGUCAGUGUUCGAGCAUAAGCUCCAUAACAUCGGGCCUCCACAUUCUCUCCCCGUUCAGGAUGUGUAAGAGACGCAGCUCCGUCUAGCCUUUCAACGCAGAGCUUUUCAGUACAGCACAGAGGGGAUAACAGAUGCUUGGUGGUCCUCACAACAUUGACAUGUUUGUGGUGCUAUAAUCCUAGUAAACAGUAGGACACACAAAAGGGCAUACAGUACUGUAAACAGCAAAGAGUUACUGUGUUUUAAGAAAUGCAACGUUUUGACUUGAGAUGUAAUUGUGUGAGAAGUCAUGUGAACACGUUGCAGUGCAUGAGGUGUACAGUGAGCACAAGGCGCUGCUGGGAAAGAUGUUCAUUGUCCAGUCGAUUUGAGCGACAGCACAAUAAAA